UUAUUAAAAAAUAACAAAUUUGAAAAACUUCGUUGGAAGAUGGUGGUCUGUUGAUUGUUUGUUUUGAAUUUAUUUUAAUUGAAAAAAGUGAAAAUGUCGCACAGUAAUGUGAUAAAUGAGAAGAAGAAGGCUUUGUUAGCUUACAAAGAAAAGAUUCAAGAUGAGAUCAAGUAUUAUGAGAAGACUAUCGACGAGUUUCGUGUCAAUCAUAAAAAUAACAGUUUUUACGAUGAUUCUGACAGCUCAGACUCCGAAGACGAGUUCCCCUUCGCAGUGGACACGGGUCCGUCAGUGAGUGAGCUGAAACUGAAGCAGGCAUUACUGAAGACUUGUCUCCAUGCCACUCAGGAGCUGACCAGUUUGACUGUCUUGCAGUCUGAAGUGGAACUGCUGGUAGAGGAGCCGAAGAUUGAAGGUGAGCCACCGAUAACAGAGCCUGGCGUGUGGAAGGAGGUGACUGCGGAGUGCAAUAUAGACCUCGUUCCAUUCACCAUCACUUUCUACAUGCAUACUCCUAGCUACAAAUUCGCUCCGACCUCAUACCGUGGUCUCCGAGUGGUCCCAGUGAAGGGAUCACAUGAGCUGGAGCUCUCCAAGUCCGUGCUGCACAGUCUGAAGCUGCCCAGUGAUGCUGUGGAGGUCCUACGAAGUUACGCUGAUGGAUACCGCUCCCGUCGCACGACGCUCGCUCGCUUGGCUAACAAAUACGCUAGUUCACUAUUUAUGGAGCCUCAUCCUGAAGGCGGCUUCAUCCUGAAAUGCGCCGGUCUGCUAGAAGUAUCUUGGAGGCUGGAGAACAAAUGGUCGCCGGUCGCACCGUUCCACCAUAAAAUGAAGUUUGAUUUGGAGUAUAUGGACGAAUCCUACAUAAAAACAAUAACGCAAGCUCACAAACAACUCCUCGACCCAUCCAUACAAACAGACGAACGAACUUUAUUACUAGCUAAAAUCAUAGCCACAUGUCUAGAGGCGAGAGGACCAGUAGUAGACUCCGAUCUCGAAAGUAAAACGACAGAGAGAGACAGCGAAAUGGAGAAAAGAGACAGCGAAGUUAUGGCGCCACCUAAAUCCUUACCUAAGAAGGGUAAACAGAAAAUCAAAGAUGGGAAUCCUGUUAAAAGAGAUUUGGGUGAAGAAAAUGUAGAUAAUUUAGCUAAAAGGGUGAAAACUGAUAGCCAAGGUGAUGUAGCAAAGAAAGCGUCGAUAGAUAAUGCUAAGACAGCUAAAGUAUCUGAUGUGGUGACAGAAGGAAGUAAAAAAAGAAAGAUUGUUGAUGUUAAUAAAGUUGGAAGUGCUAAAAUAGGUGCUGAUGAUGAUCAGACUAUUGAUAAUGAUGGUAAAAAGCGAAAAGUCAUUGAUGAUAAAGCUACAAGUGCUAAAAAUACUAAAGAAAGUGUUGUUAAUAAGGAAAUUAAUGCUAAAACUAAGAAUGUUAAAGACACUGAUGGUGUUAAUGCUAAAAAUAAUAAUGUAGACACUAAAAUUACUAAUACUAAUGCUAAAACUAAUAAAAACGCGAAGGAUACAGUUGUAAAUGAAGGUGCGGUAACUAAAACUAAAAAUGUAAAAGAUUCAAGUGACAAUAAAACUAAAAAUAAGAAUGUAAAAGAUGCAGAAAAUAUUGAAGAUGGUAUUAAAACGAAAACUGUUAAAGAAAUUGAUGGUAGUAAGGCUAAAAAUACUAAUGAUAAGACUAAAAACACUAAAACUAAAGACAAUGAACAUAAUAAACUCGAUAACGCUAAGAAAAGUGCUGUUAAUGAGAAAAAUGAUAAGGAAACAGACAGCAAUAAAGCUAAAUCAACAAAUUUACAUGCAAAAAAUAAAAACGCUAAAGAUUUUCAUAAUAAAGAAGACGGGAAUGCAAAAAAUAUCGCUAUAGAAGCUAAAGAAGCCAAUACAAAGUCGAAAACUAAAGCUGUGAAAGAAAUAACAGCUAGUAUCGAUACUAAUGCUAACACUAAACCUAAAACUAAAGAAAUAAGUACUACAGACCCAAAAACAGCUAAAACCAAAGUUAAAAAUCUAAACGUUAAAGAUACAGACACUAAUAACUUAAAAAAAGAUAAUAUAACUAAAAAUACUGAAGUUGAACUAAAAAAAAACUUCAAAACUAAAAAUGUUGAUGCAAAAAAUGAUGAGAAACAAGAAUUGAAUAAAAUUACUGAUCAUUUUGACAAGAAAAAGCCUAAAAAUACAACUGAUGUUAAAAAUAAAGAGAAUGUCAAUGCAAAUAGGAAAACUGUAACUAACAAUGAAGCAUUAAAUACUAAAAACGUUGAACAAAAUACAAAAAAUGACACGAAAACUACUAAAACCGCUGAGAAACCCACAAAAAAUGACUUAAAACACAAAAAUAAUGACAUACAAGAGAAAAAAAUGAAAAAUGCUAAUCCAAUCAAGAGUAAUGUACAAAAAACUGCUACUACAGUUGAAAAUAACAACAGACCUAUUACAAAAACCAUUGAAAAGCAACAAAAACCUGAAAAACUUAUUUCAAAAACUAAAUCAAAUAAUAUAUUAACCGCUACAGCGAAAAACGCUACAAAUUUUAACACAAAAGACAGAAUUUCAAACAUCAAAGACAUUACUACUGAGAAAACUGCAAAGAAAUCGAUUUCAGGAACAAAUAAUACUAUUAAAAGUAACAGACAUAGUCUUGCCAGUAACAAAAUAACUAAACCUUUAGCAUCGCACAGGAAAAGUUUAAAAAAUCCCCUACCAGCUGGCAACACUAAUAUUUUAAAAGCUAGCAACAUUGAAAGUGGGAAGAUUUCUAAAAUACCUCAGAAGAAAUUCUCGCCGGUCAGUGAAGGAUCUUCAAAGAAUAAUAUGUUAAGGAUAAGCCCUAGAAUAAAUCCAUUGAAACUCAAGAUGUUACCUCAAGAUACCAAACAGAAAAUGAUUAAAACUACCAGUAUACCACGGUUAUUAAAGAAACCGGCGCCAAAAGUGUAAUUUGUAAAUGAAUUUAAUUUUAAUUAUUGUGUGCCUUUAAUGAAAUGUAUUAUAACUUAUAAGUAAAUGAUUUAUGAAAUAAAACUACGUUUUCUUAUUAUUAAAAUGCAUUUUUAUUC